AAAAGCAGACGGAUGAUGGAGGAUGAAGACUUUUUACUCGCUCUUCGUUUACAAGAGCAGUUUGAUCAGGAGACCGCGACUGCCACGUGGACUGAUGAAGACUAUCCGUCCAGUAAAAAGCGCAAGAUUGACUCGUCUGGGCUGACGGACGUGAUGUCCUGCUCCCAGCCCGGUCCUGAGAGACCGCUGUCUGUCGUAGAUGAGUCGUGGGAGGUGCUGGACCCCAGUCCGGACGUGAGGGCCAUGUUCCUGCAGUUCAAUGACCGCUUCUUCUGGGGCAAACUCAGCGGUGUGGAGGUCAAGUGGAGCCCACGGAUGACCCUGUGUGCUGGUGUGUGCUCUUAUGAGGGAAGAGGAGGCUUGUGUUCUAUUCGACUCAGUGAACCACUCCUGAAGCUCAGACCCCGCAAAGAUCUUGUACAGACUCUUCUUCAUGAGAUGAUUCAUGCUCUUCUCUUCGUGACUCAAAACAACAGAGAUCGAGAUGGCCAUGGUCCAGAGUUCUGCAAACACAUGAACAGAAUCAACCAAGCAAGCGGCACUAACAUCACUAUAUAUCACUCCUUCCACGAUGAGGUGGACGUGUACAGGCAGCACUGGUGGCGCUGUAACGGACCCUGUCAGAAUCACAGACCAUUCUUUGGAUACGUAAAGCGUGCGAUGAACAGGCCUCCCUCGGCAAGAGACCCCUGGUGGGCUGGGCACCAAAGGACCUGCGGUGGAACAUACACCAAAAUCAAAGAGCCAGAGAAUUAUGGGAAAACAGGCAAAAAUGAUCAAAAGAAAGACAAGAAAUCUUCCGAUAAGACCUUCAAGAAUUCGAAGCCUCCAAGCAGCACAACAGGCUCUGGCUCACAAGACAUCAGAAAUCUCAUUCCAUUCAGUGGGAGAGGGUUUAUUCUUGGAGGUAACACACAGACUUCUGCAGACAAGCAGAGUCAGAGUCCUCCUAAAGCUCAACCCGAACCUCUCGCCUCUCCUCCUGACUCACCGCUUCUUCCAAGACUACAGCCCAUCGAGGCAAACUCGAGUGCAUCGACUGUUCCCCGCAGGAAGUCUGUUAGUAACACUAAUGCCUUCACCAACGUCAAUGGCUCACCGGUGAGAAUUGCCAAAGUCAAUGGCUUAAGAGGCAAACAGAGGUCAGUACGAGAUCUCUUCCAGGCCAUAGUCCUCAAAUCUCCAGAGAGAGCAGCCAGUGCGGCUGGUUCCUCCAAGCCUGCCACUGAUGCCUCAACAGCAAACCCUGCUAAAAGCAAUGGACCAUCUUCAUCUAGUGCCUUAGACGGGCAAACUAGCCUGAUCAAUAACCAUCUUUCAUACAGUGCCACAGUGCCAAAGCAUGACUCAACAGAGUCGCAUCUCUCCAAAUAUUUUGGAAAAAGUGCUCAAAGUUCGAAAUUCCAAGAUUCAAAGUCGAAAACCUUUGGAAGCCCCCAAAAGUCUGAAACUGGCACAUCGGCUAACUUUUCUAAGCUCUUCGGAAGUAACCAAAAACCAGGAUCAGAUGCUACAAGCUCAGGAUUCCGAAUCACUGGCAGUCCCCAAAGUUCCCGUACUUCCACAACUACUUCAGAGUCCAGUUCUAAGCACUUUGGAGGCUCCGAAAAGCCUGAAUCCAACUUUCCAAGCCCUAGAAGCUUUGGCAGCCAAACAUCAGGAACGACGCCUUCAGGAGCCAAGAAGAGAUCAUGGGAAGAGCAUAAAUCUGAACAUAUCUUUGAUUACUUCCAGCGGACAAAUGACAAGUCCGCCACAUCCACAGUGCAGUCCACAGACACGGUUCUGCCUGCAGUCAGGGAUCAGCAAGCAAACAGUCCCCCGAUCCAGAACACCGUCCACUGCCCCGUGUGCCACAGCAAAGUACCCGAGUCCACAAUUAACGAGCAUCUGGAUUCCUGUCUGUCAUAGCCACUGAAAGGAAGUACAGGCCAUAGGGCUUUAGUAAAGCUAGGAGAGGUGUUUACUAUAUCUCAGGUAUAGCUUCGAAUAGAAAGCUAAAAUAUUAUUUUAUGUCAUAGUAGUGAGAUAUUUUAAUUCCAAUGCAAUAGCUAUAAGCGCUAGUUCUUAAAAUAAAUGUUUAUGUCAUUGGUAGCACAAUACCCUUAAAAGCGUGCCACAUUUCCUUUUGUACUUUUGUGCAGUUACUGACUUAUUCUACCUCAGUUUUGUAAACGAGAGCAUUUGCAUCAUGGGAAAAAUGUGUGAUUGACAGCUUAAAGAGGCGUCACUCACUGUCCUUGAUGCCCGUGGUUCAUGUACUGAAUUUCUCAUGCGUUUGGCUGUCCGCUGCUGGAUUUAGAUGUGCGUAGCUUUCUGCCGGAUCAGGCUUUGCAAGGUUGCUUACAUCUCUGUGUCAUCAAUAACAGCUCUUUCAGGUUGGCCAUGAUUGGGGGCGGAGCUUGUGCCACCUUCUGCAUAAUAAUUUCACAUCUACUUUGUGCCCUCGAGGGAUGCGCACGUUCAAAAACUAACCCCACCCAGAAGUGAACAUUGGGUGUGCAGGUUAAAACCUCCCGAUGUGAUCAUAGUCACGAGUAUUGUUGUGUUUCAGAUCCAGCGACCCACCUUAGAAGGAAACAAUGCCUGGUGAGGAGUUCACGCUGCUCAGGUUACCCUAGAACACGCAGAUGUUGCUUUUGGCGUGGUUCACUUAUAGGCCCGUUAGCGUAACAUUGAUUUGUUAGUGUUUGAGAUGCUGCAGGCGUCGGUGAUGUCAUUCGUUAUGUAUGCAUGCCGUUUUAACAUGCACUACAGGUUCUCGAGGCAAGCCGUGCUGUUAAUGCAUCAUUCUCUGUUAGGAGUGAAACUUUGCACAGUUUAUUGUUGGCCAAUUUAGGGCAAAACUUUUUUGUUUUAUAUUGACAUUCUGUUUUAAGUUAAAAGUGAGAAUUUUAUUAAGUGGUUAUUAAUGUUUGUAUAUUUUAAGUGGAUUUUACUAUCAUGUUUUAAAACCUCAAAAUUGUGCCUGAUUUAUUUUUGCCUGUAAACUGUUGAAAUAAAUGUUCUAUUAAGUA